CUAAAAUUUCGUCUGAUAGAAUUGAUCGGCAUUACAACGUUUAUCAUUAAUUGUCCCUCAUAUCUGAACGGUACUCUGAACGGGUAACAGGAUAAGUAUGGAUAGUGAAAUUAUUUACGAAGCUUUGGGUGAAGUUUUACCAAUAGAGAGGAAGAAUGGAAAUAAAGAGUCUUUCGACGAAGGUUUUGGUGGUCCAGAUGAGGAAAGUUUUUCAACCAUGCAACCAGCUUUCAAUCUUUCCAUGACUGAUGAAGCUGUAGUGGAAAGUAUCUUUAAUUGCUGUGACAAAGAACAAACUGGAUAUGUUCGGGCUUCAGUCUUGGUUGAAUUCCUCUUGAACUAUGCUUCUGAAAGCCAUGAAAUCAGGGAAAAAUUUCAGGACAUGCUGGUUGCCCUUGAUCCUACUGAUACCAACCCAGAGGUUACAAUUGAAGAUUUUCAGUCUGCUCUGAAAUUUUGUAUCAACAAGUUAACUUCCAAGACUGAAGAUUCAUCAUUUCUGUUCAAUAUUAGUUCAAUUAAUAAUAACCCUCAAUCAAUCCAACAUCAUUCCAAAUUAUCUUCAAACCAUGACACUGACUCUAGGAACUCAUCCUCUACAGAAUCUCAAUGUGCUCUAGUUGAUGUGAAAGAGCUUCAGUUCCAAUUUAUCCGUCUUCAAGAACAGAACAAUUUGUUACAAGAGCAAAUGGAUGCAGUAGAAGAAAGCAACAUCUCACUUAAAUCUGAGAACUCGGUACUGAAAAAUAAAAUAAAUAGAGUGGAGCUAACAGUAACAGAAAUUGGUCAGCAAUCUCAGCUCUUGGAAGAAGACAAUAACCAACUUCAGAGCCGAGUAAAACAGCUGAAAGAAGAUUUCCAAAGGAUGACCGUUCAAUAUGAAGAGUGUCGAAAGGAACUCGACGAAAAAGUCCAAGAAUUAGAAACCAUGCAAGUUCACCAUGUAAAAGGAGAAGAACGCUGCGAACAGUUAGUUGACGCUAUUAGACACCUUGAAGAGAUAAUACGUGUUAAGGAGGAAGAACUGGAAAUGAAAGACAAGGAAAUUCAGCGUAUCUCCCAGGAUUUAAUGGACCAGCAGUUGCUGUCCGAUCCAGUUACUCCUACCGAUUUUGAUCGUCUAAAGGGUCAGGAAUUGGGAGAAAACCUUGCGGCUGAAUUACAGUCCUCUUUGGGUGACACCCCCUGGAAGAAGCAAAUGGGAAGUGUUGCAAAACCUGAUUUCAUUCAUCCAGCUGCGUGGAACGUCAUGCUCAAUGAACCAGAGUAUGAGGAUGAGCCCAUCAAUCGAAGCUCUUUUGGCGAUUCCAAAAGCUCAUUCAGAAUGCUCGGAAAUCAAAAUGGCAGUCCAGAAAAGGUCAUCUGUAACAAAAUGAAAACCCAUAGCUGUUUGAAUAACUUGGAAACACAGGCUUCCAAAGUCCUGCUAAAUGAUUUCGUUCAUUCUACUCCAAUAAGUAAAAUUGCGCCAACAGGUCCGAUUAACUGGAUCGAGAACGAAUUGCCCGUCAAAAGCUCAAAGAUAUCUGAUUUGUGGAAUUUCGUUAAAUAUUUUCUUCGAAUUUUCUUUCUUGGUGUUCUCUUACUGGCUUUUCUUGCUCUUGUCAGCGUGCUUGUGCUAUUGCUGCUGCUUUCCUUGUCAUCAACAGCCUCCUAUGGCUGUGGGGGGUUUUCAAACGAUUACCUACAACAAGGUUCUCCAUACUACUCAACUUCUUUCGUAUCCAAGAUAUUCGACAUGAUUAAGCCAUACUGCCAGAUCGAGUACCAUUCCGGUUGUCCUCCCGUUUAAAAUCACCUACGUCCUCGUGUGUUCCUAGUCUCAAAACCUCACUGUCAGAUUUUGUCUUCGUGAUAGUUUUUCUCUUAAUCCUAUGUAAAUCGACUGUUUGAAAAACGUUAAUUUCGGCUAUAUAAAAUAAACGAGACAGCUUUAUAA